UCUCGUUCUUAUCCACACUGCCCGAGUCAUCGUUCUUAUCCAUUCAUCCCCCGCUGCUCUCUCUCUCUCUCGUUCUUAGCGCUCUCUUUCCCUCAGCUCUGUCACCUCUCUCGCGCGUCGGCGGCGCGCGGUGGCAGGAGGGAAGGUAGCGGCGGCCCGGCAGGAGGGGAGGCGGGGUGGCGGGAGGGAAGGCGGCGGCGGCGCCUCCCCUCCACCAGAUCUGGCCAAGAGCGGCAGCCUGGCAGGAGGGGAGGCGGGGGCGGCGGCGGCGCCUCCCCUCCGCCAGAUCUGGCCGGGAGCAGCGGCCUAGCAGGAGGGGAGGCGGGGGCGGCAGUGGUGGGCGGUGGCGGAAGGGAAGGCGACGGCCCCGCAGGAGGGGACUCGGCGACGGCCCGACAGGAGUGUUCAUUGGAAACCAGCUGCUGAUGAACAUACAAAACCAAAAAAGCGCCAGCAUACUGUGCUGUACAUACCAAGAAGAAGAAGGAGAAGAGGUAAUGGGCAACAACGUGCGGGCAGGCAUCACGCUCGAUAGAAUUAAUUGUUUGAAACGAUGAUAUGAUAAGAACAAGAGGGAGACCAACUGACCUUAAUCCAUUAUUCAUGGAAGCGUGAAGGUUACGUACUUCCGUUGACAUGAAACUUCAUAGUAUAUAUGUCGACCUUUCAUCUGCAAUCACCAACUAAACACCCCAGUUAAUUGGCUGUCAUCUCCGUCGUCUCUCACAGCGAGCAUUGUGCUGCCUGCGCAAGGGACUUCAUCCAAAGUUGUUGAAAUAAAAGGGAGAUCAUUCUCUAUCCUUUCCAUAAGAUAGAUGGCAGCCUGUGCAGCCAGUACUGCAACCAUAGAUUGGGAGCUCCUGGAAGCGGCCAUAUCUGGUGAUACCAGGUCAAUGAAGAUGAAGUACAUGGAUUCACAUGAUCCUACAAUUCUGCUUGGAAAAAAUCCACAAGGAAACACAUGUCUUCAUAUAUCUUCCAUGUGUGGCCAUUUGGAAUUUUGCAAAGAUGUUCUUUCACUUCCACAGGAUCCAACCGUGAAGAAGAAACUACUCACUACUGUGAAUGUGAUGAAUGAGACGCCACUGCUUACUGCCAUAACAAGUGGCCAUGUUACUUUAGCUGCUUUUCUACUCAAAUACUGCCAUGAACAAGGAUUCAGUGAGGUAAUCUUGAAACAGGACAAGCACAAAUGUAAUGCACUGCACCAUGCCAUUUGCAACGGCCACAAGGACCUGGCACUGGAGUUGAUAGCGACUCAGCCUGCCUUGUCCAAAGAUGUCAACAAAUACGGCGAGUCUCCCAUGUACAUUGCGUUGAUGAUGAGGGAUUCUAAGUUUACAGAUAUUUUUGAGAAACUGUUGGGAAUUGAUGGUUCUUCUCAUUCAGGAACCUAUGGCUACAAUGCUCUCCAUGCAGCUAUUAGAAAUGGAAAUCCAGAUAUUGCUAAAAGAAUCAUCGUUGAACGCCCAAAUCUGGCCACAGAAGAAAAUAAGGAUGGUAAUACUCCAAUUCAGCUAGCUGUACGUUGGGGAAAGAUCGACAUGCUACGAGUAUUGUUGAAACAUGACAGAUCUCAAGGGUAUGUUAUCAACAGAAAAAAUGGUUAUCCUCUCCUCCUUUCUGCUGCACAUCGAGGUCAUGUUGCUGUUGCCCGAGAGAUUAUCAAAUAUUGCCCAGAUGCUCCAUAUUGCAAAAAAGAUGGGUGGACAUGUCUUCAUAAAGCUGUCAAAUCAGGUAAUAUGGAAUUCGUUGAGUUUAUCCUUGGGGAACCACGACUUCAGAAACUCGUGAACAUGCGUAGCAGCAAGGGGAAAACAGCUCUACAUUAUGCCAUCCAGAAGUGUGAUCCGAAAAUUGUUGCUGCUUUACUUGACAAGAAAAUAGACUUGACAAUUCUUGGCAGUGACGGUAAUGCAGCCGCUUGGGAAUUACGGGAUGCCUUGGAUAGUGCGAAGACAUUAAACUGGAAUGAAGUGUCAAUGCUUAUGAUUAAAGCUGAUCCUCCAAAUGCAAAAUCCGUUUAUAAUCUUCACGAGGAAGCCAAAGAAAAGUUGAUCAAUGCGUCAAGGAAGGAUGCAAGGUCGCUGACUCAAACAUACACAAGCAACACUUCGCUAGUGGCGAUCCUCAUCGCAACAAUUACCUUUGCUGCUGCUUUCACCCUGCCUGGAGGAUACAGCAGUGAUGCUGGAAGCCAGGGACUUCCUAUAAUGGCAAGGAACGUUGCCUUUAAGGCAUUCUUGAUAUCAGAUACCUUAGCAAUGUGCGCCUCACUUGCUGUUGCGUUCAUAUGCAUCAUAGCAAGAUGGGAGGAUCUCGAUUUCUUGCUUUACUACAGAUCCUUCACCAAGAAGCUUAUGUGGUUCGCGUACAUGGCAACAACUACAGCAUUUGCAACCGGUUUAUACACAGUAUUGGCCCCUCGGCUGCUAUGGUUAGCUGUUGGAAUUUGCUCUGUUGCUGUUUUAGUGCCAAUUCUCACUAAGGUGCUCGGGGAAUGGCCUGUCUUAAAGCUCAGAAUUCGGUUGGGCCAAGCUUUCAAAUCAGAGUUCCUUGAUAUGGUCUGAUAUUAUCGAUAUAUCUUGUAAAUGAUAGCAUAUUAUAUCGUUAUUGUUCAAAUAUAUGUGUCACGUGUUGUUUGAUCAAUAAUAGCAUACAUUGUUAAAUCUUUAACUUCAUGUAUAUAAUCUAAAUAAUGUACUCUGAACAUUAUUCAUGUGGAGCUUAUGUAAUGACUUGUAUCUUUUUUUUCAA